GAUCUUGGCUCGAGGGACCGCCCUUACUCAGCAUUCCAACGAAGUAUCAGGUCUUGCUUCUCAUCGCGAUGGCCUACUUUGCACUGGUGUCUGCAUGCCUCGCCUUGGCGGUCGCAGAGGUGGCCAGCCCUGUGGGCAAGGUGAUCUCGCUGCUCGAGGGCAUGGAGACGAACAUCGUGGCGGAGGGCAAGGCAGAGGAUAAGAAGAUCGCAGAGUACUCGGCGCUGUGCGAGAAGAGGAAGGCGGACCUCUCGUACCAGAUCAAGACGGCGAAGACCGACAUCGAUGAGCUCUCUGCAAGGAUCAGCAAGGCCGAAAGCAAGGCAGAGGCUGCGACCUCCACCAUCCAGGAGACCCAGGAAGGAAUCGCCACCGAUGAGGCUGACCUCAAGGCGGCCACGGAAGUGCGAGGCAAGGAGAGCGCCGACUUCAAGAAGGCGGAGCAGGAGCUGCUGGACGUGUCUGCCACCGUGGAGCGUGCCAUGUCGGUGCUGGAGAAGGAGGAGACCAAGGGCAGCGCCUUCGUGCAAGUCCAAGGUGUCCCCGGACUGCUGAAGGCCAUCCAGGCCAUGAUGGAUGCAUCUAUGAUUGGCCACCAGGACGCCAAGACGCUCACAGCCUUGGUGCAGGACUCGGAUGAACAACCCGAGCCUGCCGCCUACAAGGCCAAGAGCGGUGGCAUCACGGAGAUGCUGGAGGACAUGCUGGACAAGUCCAAGGAAGAGGUCACCGAGCUGCGAAAGAAGGAGGCGGAGGCCAAGCACAGCUUCGAGAUGCUGGCGCAGUCGCUGCAGGACCAGGUGAAGUUUGCCCAGCAAGCCCUCGAGAAGGCCCAGAAGACCCAGGCGGAGCAGAGCCGCAUGAAGGCGGAUGCAGCCAAGGACUUGGAGCAGACCCAAGGCUCGCUGGCGGAGGAUGAGAAGACCCUGGGCGACUUCACGCUGGACUGCAAGUCCGAGGCGGCGGAGUAUGAGGAGGGCAGCAAGAGCCGCGGCCAGGAGUUGGAGGCGCUGAAGGCGGCCCAAGCCACGCUGAAGGAGUCUUCAGGCGUGUCCUUCCUGCAGAUGGAGCAGGAGAACCAUCGGUCCAACAUCCGCAGCACCUCAGACCUGAAGCACUUCGAGGUAGUGCGCAUGGUGCGCAGCUUGGGACAGAAGUUGGGGGACCGCCAGCUCGUGCUGCUCUCGAGGCGCAUGGACUCCGUGAUGCGCAGCGAGUCUGGCGUCAGCGCCGACAUCUUCGCGAAGAUUAAGACGAUGAUUUCGGACAUGAUCAGCACCAUGAGCGAGAACCUCCAGGCGGAGGCCACCAAGAAGGCCUACUGCGAUGCUGAGAUGGGCAAAGCCAGCGACAAGAAGGCCAGCAAGGACUCGGACAUUCAGACGGUCAGCACUCGUAUCGACGCAGCGGCGUCCAAGUCUACGUCUCUGAAGAAGCAGGUCGUGGCCAUCAAAGCCGAGCUGUCCACCCUGGCAGAGACUGAGGCCAACAUGACCAAGAUCCGACAGGAGGAGAAAUCCAUGUUCCAGCAGAAUGAGCCCGAGACCGUGAAGGGCAUGGAGGGCGUGAAGUCUGCCCUGAGGACCCUGCGUGACUUCUACAAGAGCUCCGGCGUGCAGGUGACCAGCGGUGAACGCAAGGGAACCGCAACAGGCGUCAUCGGCCGCCUCGAGGACGUUGAGGCAGACAUGGCCAUGAGCCUUUCGCAGAUGCGUUCCGCUGAGAAGACGGCGGAGCUCAACUUCCAGAAGGACUCCCAGGACAUGAAGCUCGAGAAGUCCCAGAAGGAGAAGGAUGUCAGCUAUAAGACGGCUGAGGCCCAGAGGCUCGACUCGGAGCUGAACAGCCUCAACUCGGAUUCCGAGAGCUUGCAGACCGAGAUGGGCGCCCUGCUGGAUUUCAUCAAGAGCUUGGAGGCGGAGUGCCUGGUGACUCCUGAGUCCUUCGCCGAGAAGCAGGCCAAGAAGCAACAGGAGAUUGCGGGGCUGAAGGAGGCCCUCACAGCGCUGGACGCCACCGCGGAGCCGGCACUGCUGCAGCGUCAUGCUCGCGCUCUCCGUGGCCAAGCUGUAUUGAAGGCCUAGGUCGAAGAUUGGGAGAAACGUCCUGGCUGCGGGCGUCGCAAAAGAUUUGCCGGCGGAGUCUCAGCUUGUCGCU